CCGGCAACGCCAACAGCAGCGCGAGUUCCGUCAAACUUAUGCUGUGAUCUGUCGAUGAAAUAAUCCCGUUAUUAAACAUGCUGAUUCCGAGUUUCCCGAAAACCUCACCGCGCUGACGCUCUUCUGACGCGGAGCUUCUAACCUGUGCUUGUGUUUGUGUGUCUGCGGCUGGAUUUGAACAUCAUGACGCCUGACCUGCUGAACUUUAAGAAGGGAUGGAUGUCCAAACUGGACGAGAGCGGAGAGUGGAGGAAACACUGGUUUGUGCUGACGGAUGCUGGACUGAAGUACUACAGAGACUCAGCAGCAGAGGAGAGGGAUGAUGUGGACGGAGAGAUCGACCUGAAGGCGUGUGUGAAGGUGUCUGAGUUUGAGGUGGAGAAGAACUACGGCUUCCAGAUUCAGACCAGAGACGCCGUCUUCACUCUCUCCGCCAUGACCGCCGGCAUACGCAGAAACUGGAUCGAGAUCCUGAAGAAGAACGUUCGACCCGGCAGCUCCCCAGACCUCACACAACUGGCCAACUGCAGCAGUGAUAAAGAAAACACCCGUCAUCCCUCAUCCCUACGUCUGCGCAGCCAAUCAGAGGCCUCCUCCGCCAUCAUAAACUCCGCCCACAACAAAUUUGACUAUGUAGAGCUGUCUCCCAUAGCCACGCCCCCCACUCCCUUGUCUACUAAUCAAAGGGAGUCAGGGGAGGGGCAGGUGAAGGAGCACAGCCAAUGGCAGGAGACACGGCCUUCUGACGACGCCCACAACCAGUGGGAGGCGGUGCUGUCGAGAAAGGGGACAAGCCAGCUGUCGGAGCAGAAGCGAAUCGAGGAGGAGAUUGAGCGGAAGUGGGCGGAGUUUGAGCGUCUGCCACUCAAAGAGACGAGGUCACACCCAGCGAUGCGGUCGUCCAAUCAGGCGCUGGAGAGGGAGGUGGCAUCUCUGAGGCAGCAGCUGGCGGAGCUAGGGGCGGGGCAGGGUCAGGGGCGGGAGGGGUCAGGGGCGGGGCAUCAGUGCUGUGGGGCGGAGUCUCGCUGCAGUGACGUUCUCCAGCAGAUGGAGCGCAGACACAGAGCCGUGAUGGAGGAGCAGGAGCAGCGGCACGCACAGCAGAUCAGCGCUCUGGAGGCGCAGAGAGACACACUGCUGCAGGAGGAGGCCCACGCCACCGCCACCGUGAUGGAGGCGUUACAGAAAGCACACAGAGAAGAGCUGGAGAAGAUCACACAACUCAAGCAGACACGUGCGCUGGACUCACACACACUCAACAAACAGCAGCAGGAUGAGGUGUGUAGUCUGCGGCGGGAGCUCCAGGCGCUGUCGGAGCGUUACUCUCAGCAGUGUGUGGAGCUGAAGCGUGCGCAGCAGCUCAGAGACGACAGCGACACACAGAUCCGACUGAUGGACACACAGAUGGAGCAGCUGAGGAGGGACAAGCAGGAUCUACAGGCGCGUCUGACUGAUGAGAUGAAGCUGAUUCGCUCCCUGGCCACAGGUCAGGGGUCAUCCGCGGAGACCGACGACACACACCGCUCCUGCUGUGAGAUGCAGGUUCUGCUGCGGGUCAGAGAGAAUGAGCUGCAGUAUCUACACAGAGAGUUGAACAGCCUCCGCAACCAGCUGCACUUCCUCACCACGGAGAAGAGCAGUGUGUGUGCGCGCUACAGUGAGGUGUGUGAGGAGCUGAGCGUGAUGAAGAGCCGCAGCGAGAGAGAGACGGAGACGCUGAGAGAACACCUGAGACUCGCUCUCAACGCCCUGAGUGAGGGACACAACAGCCCACAGCACUGACACACACACACACACACACACACACACACACACACACACUGGAACAAACGCUUCUGCUCUGCUCCGGUCUGUACUGGAGUGUGUGUAUGCACAUGUGAACGCAUCGCCACAAAUAUGGGACCAAACUGGAACAACGUCUCUGUCACUGGUGCAGUGUGGAGGAGCUGGACACACACACACACACACACACACACACACACACACACACCUGUCAGUCUCAUUGGUUGAUUUGCCAAACUCAUAUCCAAUCAUGUGCCUCCUGUAGUCAACUGUGAGUGUUUGUGUGAGUGUGUGAGUGUGUGAGUGUGUGUGUGUGUGUGUGUGUGUGUGUGUGUGUGUGUGUGUGUGUGUGUGUGUGUGUGUGUGUGUGUCCAGCUAUUUACGUGCCACAAAAUCAAAGCCGCUUUGCUAGAUUGAGCCAAUGUUUUUACAGAUGUUUGUGUUUUUGUCGUAUUUAAUGAGAGUUUAAUGCAGUAAACGUUGUUCAAGAGCUAAUAAACGUGGGUUCUCAGAUCGUCACAUCA